GACACUCUUCCACAACUCUUCCACACCCCUCAGGCUCUGCUACUGCCUAUAUAACCUGCUUCACGACGGCCGACACUCGUUGACAUUCAUCCUAGGUUUUUGUUGAAUGAACUUGUGCAAGUAUAAUCAUCUGGUGAUAUAAUGGACGUCGACGCGCUCUCCGCCACGCAGAAGGAAGCCCUGGCUCAGCUCCAGGCUAUUAUGGACGGCGGUGAUGCCGACGUCGCAAUUGGCGUGUUGGAAAGUGUCGACUGGGACGUACAGCGUGCCGCUAACCUAAUAUUCGAGAACGGAAUCCCACCCACCAAGCCGCGCUCCCCGUCACCCGUCUCGCACAUCGAAGAAUUCGACAUCGACGACUCUUCCCAAGGCCUCCUAGGCAACAAUUCCCGCGGCGGACGCGAGUUCCGGCGCGUGCACCCGUCGUCAUCCGGAGCACUGAGCGCACGACCUCUGCGCGCGAUCCUCGCCGUCCUCACGCUCCCGCUGCGCCUUCUCACGUCCGUGCUCCGUUUCAUCUUCCGCAUCCUGCGUAUUCCAUUCCCGCAAUUCGUGCCCUUUACGUGGUCAAGCCUACAAUACCGCCCGCUUGGCCCUGGUUCGGGUGGUGAUGGACGCGCGCUGGACCCGAGGGCGCAGGCGGAGCGGUGGGUGCGCGCACUCGAGGAGGAGACGGGUGCGGUCUGUGUAGGGCGCGCGGGAGCGAGGAGGGCGGAGGCGAAGGCCGGGAGCGUAGCGAGCGGUGCGGACGUAGCGGGCCCGUCAAGCUUGACAUCGCGAGCGGGCGCGUAUGAGGAGGAUGGGGGCGAGGGCGUGACGAAGUUCCUGCCGGACUUCUUCCUGGGGAGCUAUGAGGAGUUUGUGAGAACGUGCGAGCGGGGUGCGAAGAUUGGGUGCGUGGUGCUCGUCAGCGAGGAGCAUGAUGAUGUGCCAGAGUUCAAGAGGGGCACCUUGACGGACCCGACACUGAUCAAGCUCAUCCAGGACAACGAUAUCUUAGUCUGGGGCGGUGAUAUCCGGGACAGAGAGGCAUGGAGUGCCGCACAGAAGCUGCAGGCGACGACGUACCCCUCCGUCGCUUUCAUCGCGCUCCAGCAGCGCCGGCUGGGAGGCUCCGGCUCGUCGUCAGCACCCGUCCUGACCGUCCUCUCGCGGCAGCAAGGACCGUCUGUCCCAUCAACAUCUGCCCCCACUGCUGCGCAGAGCCUCGUCACGCACCUCACCGAGCAGCUGCUCCCGCGCGUCACACCCUUCCUCGCCAAGAUCCGUGCCCAAGCAGCGGAGCGCGAGCGCGAGCGGCAGCUGCGCGCAGAGCAAGAUCGCGCAUUCGAGGAGAGCAGGCAGAAGGACAAGGAGCGCAUCGAGCAGCGCCAGAGCGAGGAGCGGCGCGCCCAGCAAGAGCAGCGACGCCAAAUUGAGGCAGAGGCGCGUGCUCGAGACGAAGCUCGCGCGAAGGAGGAAGCACGGCACGCAUGGGAGGCGCACCGCAUGGAAUGGCGCAAGUACCUCCGGCGCGGGCUCGUUAUGCGCGAGCCAAGGCCGGGCGAAACUGGGCGGGGGAAGACGAUGCGGAUCGGGCUGCGGAUGCCGGACGGGCGGCGGUCGGUGAGGUUCUUUGGCGAGGGCGACACAUUGACGGCGCUCUAUGCGUACGUGGACUCGAUGUUCGUGCCCAAGGAGGUCCCUGACAAGGGGGACCCGCUGGGACCCCCGGAGAACGGUGAACCGGGCGAAGCGGGGCUGGUCAAGGAGAUCGAGCGCUCCGGGCGCGCUCCGGAGAAGUGGUGGGCCUUCAAGCUGUGGCUGGCGUACCCGCGGAAGGAGGUCGUGUGGGAGCCCGCGAGGCGGCUCGGCGACGUCGAGGCCCUGCGAGGAGGUGGGCAGUUGGUUGUGGAGUUGGGUGCGGGUGCGGAGAGCGCGAAGGCGAAGGGAAAGCAACGUGCGUCGGACGUAUUGGCUGGUGGUGAGGACGACGACGGGUACGAGACGGAGGAGUGAGCGGUGGGCUCGGGAUAUUUGAGACACGAUGUGUCACCGCAGUAGACUUGAUUUGGACGGACUUGUCGCUACACUCGCUAUCGUACGUUUCUCUAGUCAUAGACAGCUUCCUAGUAUCCUUGAUCAAUCCUCUGAACAUGCACUGGCUGCGAAACCAUAGUCACAGUCAAGGGCCGGAGCUCGAGGCCCUUCUCGUCCAUGUUGGCUUGAUGCUUGGUAGUCCACCCGGCUCGUUGAUUUCCAGGAACCUUUAGUUCGCACUAUCAUAUAUGAGUACCUUACUGCGAGAGCUCCUAGCUAUAGCCGUUGUUGACUCAUCGUACUCCAUUCUUUACGCCGAUACUUGCUAUGUCCGGCCGGGACCUCCGCCGGGUUAUGUUGCUCGGUAGCUAUAAACUAUAGGGGUCAACCGAUCAAGUGGUACCGCCUCGAAGGUGGCACC